CAACACCAAAGUCUACCUCGUUUAAUAAAACGUUUAUUUCUUUUUUGCAGAAUUUAUGGUGCAAGACGAUGCUCGAAAUGUUUAGCUUCAAUAAGUUCUUCCGAGCUUGUGAUGCGUGCACGACACUUGGUGUUCCACAUUCAAUGCUUUUCGUGUGCUAUUUGUAAUCAGCUGCUGAACAAAGGAGAUCAAUUUGGUAUUCGAAGUUCGGCUGUUUACUGCAGGUCACAUUUUGACGUUUCGAUUGACCCAUCUACGCCAAGCCCCUUUCCUUGUUCAUACACUCCAUCAAAUCCUUACUGUGAUUCACCUAAUGCGCCAUCAAGUCCAAGUGAGCUGUCAAAUCUUGAAGGCGCUUUCUAUGGCACUCAUGCUCAACACUUGAGUUCGUCGGGUUCAAAUACUGGAUCGAUUACGGGACUACCACAGCAACCUAGACAAAAAGGUCGUCCGAGAAAGCGAAAGCCAAAAGACAUCGAAGCUAUGCCAGCCAAUCUAGAUUUAAAUUCUGAUUACAUGGAUUUGGGUUUUGGUCGUGGCAGUAUGGGCAAUGCAUCAUCACGUACAAAACGUAUGCGAACAUCGUUUAAACAUCAUCAGUUGCGUACAAUGAAAUCGUAUUUUGCAAUUAAUCACAAUCCGGAUGCCAAGGACCUUAAACAAUUAUCACAGAAAACUGGAUUACCGAAGCGUGUUUUGCAAGUUUGGUUUCAAAAUGCUCGUGCAAAAUGGCGCCGAAUGAUGAUGAAACAGGAGGGAAAAGCGAUAGAUGGUGAGAAAGGCGAAGGUUCGAUAGAUUUAGAUACGUAUAAUCCACACAGCCCAUCGUACAUGCUUGGACCACCAUCGCCCACAUCAAUGGAGUAAAUCUCAGUCUUAGUUUGUCUCACACAUCAUCAGAUAAUCACAACACAUGAGAAACGUUCAAGUCUGAGUCAUUUGUCUCACGAUAAAUAUUUUUGUCCCCGUCUCCGGAGAUAUCAGCCACCAUCUCUUCUGUGCUUACUCAAUCGAAGCAUUCAACUAGCUGCUGCAUGAAUAUUUAUAAUGAAGAACUGCAACACGAGGCACAAGACCCGUGAAGUUAAAUAAAUUAAAAAAUAAAAAUCUUCACUUCAAAGUGUUUUUUAAUCAAAUAAUUUUUUUCUCACUUCUUUUCCUUCUUUCUCAUAUUUUAUUAUUUUUGACAAAUAAAAAAAUAUUUUAAUUAUGAAGUGAGACGCUAUAAAAUUAGUUUGCAAUUAAAAUAAUUAUAAUGCAACAAUAUUUCAUUGCAACUUCACUGUAAUCGCAGUUGUGGAAAAUCCUGCACUGCAAGAAGCUGUCAAAGAAAUGAAAUAAAAUAAAAAAUUAUUCAUUUUAGUUUAAUUUGUAACUUCUAACUGUACCAGUAAUUUCAAAUUUAUGGUGUUAAUUUAAUUAAUCAAUUAAUUGCUGUAAUCUCUUUCACAUCAAUAAAACAAAAGUUAGACGUGUGUAAAAAUUUAUGAAAAUUAUUGCGUUAGACAAUUAAAAGAUAUUUAGUGAACACA